GAUGUCCGCUACAAAAGUAAAACAAGCAGAAAGAGUAAUUGGCAAGUAAACGAAGUCAGCGUCCUUGUCAACGGAUGCACAGACAAUGUGUCUACCAUUUAUGGUAGGCACGGAGACACAAGUGAAAAGGAAAAGGGGCAGUUCUGGAGGGAUAUUUGUGAAAGAAUUAACAGUAUUGGAGGGUCAGACAGGUCGGUAGAGGAGGUGAUGAAAAAAUGGAAGGAUUUGAAGAGUCAGACAAAGAAGAAGGAGCAGAUCAGGAGGAAGGAAAUGGGGAAGACAGGUGGAGGUGGGGCAGUGAAUUCAUUGAGAGAUUGGGAAGAGAAGAUAAUAUCAGUAAUACCUUCUGCCGUAAUAGAUGGACUCAAUGAUGGACAGGACAUUUUCAAAAAGAAUGCUGAAGGUGUCAAGGAAACAUGUGUGCAACCAAGUACGAGUGAGACCGUUGUGCAGGUGGAGGGGGAGGAGACAGUGGUAAUCCACCCAAGUACUAUUCAUGUACAGGUUGAAAGCAGAAAAGAAGUUGUAGAUGAAGUGAGAGACAGAAAGAAGAGGAAAAGAUCAUUGACUGAGUUAGAAGAGGCUCAGUUAAACUUCUAUGAAGAAAACACUGCACUCUGCAGAAGUCAGAGGAAGGUUGCAGAGCAGCAAGUGAAAACCCUCGCUGUGCAAGAGGAGUUUUUUAAGUUAGCAACCAAGACACUGGCAGAAAAGAAUGACUUGUCUGGCAUCCUGGAUCUUUUUACAGAACACACAUUUCUGUCUACCAGUGAAGGCAGAGGAAUAUAGCUGUGGCUUUGUCUGGACUGCCAACUUUUCAUCCACCCAAAACUAUAUCAAUUACAUGAUGUGGAGUAAUUAUAUAAAACAUGGUAGAAUUUGAAAUUUAAACUCAGCAUAGGGAAACGCUUGUCAAAUUGUAUUAGUACGACAAGAGGUAUAGUCCUUUGUUCAUGUAAAUAUCAUUGUGGUUUAAACCGUUUUCUGUCCUUCCAAGUAAGAAUAGGAGGAUUUCAAUUAAACUUGGUAGAAAUGUAAGUUGCUGCAGGGCAAUGCUUCCCUGCACUUUCUUUCAGAUUUGCUAAGGAAGUUUUAUAACCCUUUUAAUUGUACAUAAGCAUAUAAUUAAAUAAACCCUUCCCAUACUAAAAUUCUUUAAUGUGCUUGUCCAGCUUUCAAUUUUGACAGAGUUAUUAACAGUGAAAAUGAAUGCUUACCUAAAUAAACUGACUCAACAGUGCAGAUUAUGUUCAGAAUACACAGAUGUGCAGUCUUAUCUUGAUCUGCACUGGUUGCAAAGUCAGAAUCAAUUAUGUCCAGCAUGAUGAAGGUAAAUACAUUUGUAGUCAGUUUAAUAAGUGUCUGGAUUCAUAACAUUUCUGAAUUACAAUGAAACAUAUUGGAAAUAAAAACUGCUAUAUGACGAACCUUUAUCAUGGUAUCUGCUAAAAAAGGACUGAUACAAAAAUUUAACCAAGAUGCAACGCUGAUGCUGACAUUGUGUAGAGUAGGAUAGCUCUACUUAUUCUUCGAGUAGCCGAGCUAAGUUUACUAUUAUCAUUGAUAGAAAAACUGCCACAGUUCAAAUAACUGAAUAC